CAACUCCGUGAAAAAGAAGUUUAUGCGCAACACCCACGGAUGCGCAAAUAUUGGAACCAUUAUUACAUACAAAAACAAAACACUUUUAAGUAUCAACAAAGACCAAUGAAAUAAUAUCCCCCCUCUUAGCAGCUGUACACAUAGCGGGGGAAGUAUAGUACAUACGAGAAAUGGGUAACUAAAAACUAACCUUAUACUCCAAGAAUCAUUAGUGGAAUGAAAUGAAUUUAUACCAUGUUACAUUAAAGAGAAAUUUUAUUUUAUUUUCAUGCUCUAUAGUUAUUUUAUUUUCAUUUUGCUGUGCUAAUGAUGAAGAUGGUAGCGAUAUCGAUCCCGGAAAAUAUUAUACUAAUGGCUGGGCCAUAAAAUUAAAAGGAGACGAUACUUUUGAAAAAGCUAAAAGAAUUGCGGAUAAAUAUGGGUUCGAUAAAGUUACAAAGGUCGGUUCGUUAGAGGGAUUUUACCAUCUUGAACAUCCUCAUCAUCCUACUCGCUCAAAGCGUUCAUCUGAAAGUCGUACAGACACUCUACUACAAGAUGAAGAGAUUUUUUGGGCUGAACAGCAACAUGAAUAUAAACGAGAAAGGCGUGGCUUACAUCAUCAACAUGUUGUAACUAGAGGUAUCGAACCCAGAUUUGCUGAUCCAUUAUGGGAGGAGCAAUGGUAUCUGGAUGAUAAGCGAUCGCAAAUGGAUCUUGAUGUUAAUGUCAUUCCUGUCUGGAAGUCUGGUAUAUCAGGGAAAGGUGUUGUUGUAACAAUUUUGGAUGAUGGCAUUGAGCAUAAUCAUACAGAUUUAGAAAGGAAUUAUGAUCCUGCAGCCAGUUGGGAUGUAAACGACAAUGAUCCUGAUCCUUUCCCAAGAUAUGAUCCUACCAAUGAAAAUAAACAUGGUACCCGUUGUGCUGGAGAGGUAGCUGCCCAAGCAAAUAAUUCAAAAUGCGGUGUUGGAGUAGCUUAUAAUGCACGCAUUGGGGGAGUUAGAAUGCUAGAUGGACGAGUAACAGAUCGUGUAGAGGCUGAAUCUUUAAGUUUAAAUCCGCAAUAUAUAGAUAUUUAUAGUGCCAGCUGGGGGCCAAGUGAUGAUGGUAUGACUGUAGAGGGACCAGGAACACUUGCAUCAGCUGCGUUUCUUAAUGGAAUAACAAAGGGUCGAGGCGGAUUAGGUUCUAUCUACAUUUGGGCUUCAGGUAAUGGAGGAAGGCAUGAUGAUAGUUGUAACUGUGAUGGAUACACUGCAAGUAUUUAUACAUUGUCUAUCAGCUCAAGUUCUGAUCAUGGAGAAAGUCCUUGGUACAGCGAGGCGUGUGCUUCAACUUUAGCAACAACACUAAGCAGUGGUGCUCAUGGGGAGAAAAGAAUUGUAACAACUGAUCUUCAUAAUCAAUGUACAGAAAGACACACGGGUACAUCUGCAUCCGCUCCGUUGGCUGGUGGAAUAAUUGCAUUAGCUUUAGAACAGAAUCCUAAAUUAACUUGGCGGGAUGUACAACAUAUUGUGGUGCACACAGCUAACUGGAUUCCACUGAAGCGCGAUCCUGAAUGGAGAAUGAAUGGAAUAGGCUUGCAUGUAAAUGAAAAGUUUGGUUUUGGAUUAUUAGAUGCUGAUCGUAUUGUUCAAAUGGCAAAUCCAGAAACAUUUAAAACUGUUCCUACUAAAAAAGAAUGCAAAGGAAAAACUUUUACUGAUGCUAGAUCAUUGCGUUGGGAUCAACCUUUAGUGUUAGAGAUAGAAUCUGACGGUUGUCAACAUUUAAAGGAGGAAAUUCGUUACCUAGAACACGUGCAAUUAGUUUUAUCAAUAGAAUAUACUCGUCGUGGGGAUCUUACCAUUUUCGUAACAACUCCCAUGGGUACGCGUUCAGUUCUUUUGCCGGUUCGAAGUGAAGAUUCUUCUGAUGAAGGGUUCAAAAGAUGGGCUUUUAUGACUACACAUGCUUGGGGCGAAGAUCCUCGAGGUAUUUGGACUUUAGAAAUUAAAGAUGGCGGUGAAUCUCGAACUAAUACUGGAAUGCUCCGUGAUUGGCAAUUAGUUUUACACGGAACAAAAGAGAAACCCCACCAUCAAAACAUUACUCACCCUGAAAUACCAAUUCAUAGAAAAGCAAUUCCUGACGAUGUUAAGAAUAACGGAAAAAGUUCCGUUCAAAUUACGCAAAUAACUUAUACUUUUGGAGAACAAGCAUUGCCAUCUCAAACUAUUCUUCCUCCGAAUGAGCCGUUUUCUCAAAUGUUUCCAAAUAGUUUAAAUUUACCGAUUCAACAGCAACAACAAUUUCCCAGUUUAUCGAGUAAUCAGAACCCUAUAGAGUCUCUUCAAAAUAGCAUUAGUAAUGACUUUAACUUCAAUUUAAAUAAUAAUAACUUUAACCCGUAUUCUGGUUCUAGUAUAUCAGCAUACGCAAAUGAUGCAAACUUUAAUACUAAUACUAAUAACUAUAACAACAACAACAAUGCCAAUGCUCUGUCAAAUUUGCUUAGCUCUCAGACUUUAGCGCAAUUGAGCAAAGUUCAGCAGCAACUUGAACACCCUUUAAAUUCUGUAACACAACUUUCAAACAUUCAGGCCUAUCAGCCUGGUAAUAAUCAGUUCCCAGUAAAUAUGGUUGGGAGAUCUUUAGGCUGGUCUCAAUCGCCAAACUUACAACAACUUUAUCCUGUUCCCAACGCAAAUUUAUGGGACUUCUUUGGACGAAUGAAUUCAAAAAGAGACAUUUAUGGAGAAGACAUAACAUCAUCUGCUAAGUUAAGGAGGAAAACGAGUAAAAAAAGAAAUAGCUUAAUUGAGGCAUUGGAAAAAAUGAGAAAUGUUUAAUAUUAUGGUGUUUAUAUAUUUUUUUGUAUUCGGCUCACUUUAAAUACAAUAAGCUCUGAGGUUAA